AAUAAUUUGAAUGUGAAACAAAAAAAGAAAAAUCAGCCAAAAUAUCAGAAACCAUCACAGCCAAUAUAUAGACCACCAUCAGCACGUAUUGAAUCAUCAAUGUCUGGUCCAAAUCUUUCAUCAUCAUCAUUCAUGUCCACUGGUGGAACACAAGUUGGAUUGUACAACAGUGUGGGCGGUAAUCAUCCAAGCGACAUUUUUCUCAUUAAACAACCAAGUACAAGUUUUGGUAAUGUCAUUUCAAAUGUAUUUCCAAUACGUGGUGUUUUAAAACGAUCCAAAUCAUUUGGGAACAAUAACAACAACAACAUCAGCAACAACAUCAGCAACAAUAAUCGAUCAAAAAAUACAAAUUCCGAUACGAUAAAUAAAUCGAAAUAUCACUAUCUCAAUGAUUCAAUGGCCGGAGCAUUUUUCAUAACAUUGGAAAGUAUUUCAAAAGAAAACAUUACAAUUAUUAAACAAGCAUUGAAUCAACAAACCUGCAGAACGAUUACAAUGACACAAUUAUUACAGAUCAUUCGUAUACUUUGUAAUAAAGUAUUGGAUAAAUCAAAUAAUGCAUCUAUUGUGGCCAAAGUUUGUUUGGAAAUUCAUCAUAAUCAACAAUUGAAUAUGAUACAUUUAAGUGAUCAUAAAUAUCUGUUUCUAGAAUCAUUAGCAAAUUGUCUUCGUGAAUGGUUUAAUGAACGUGAUAAAUUACGUUUCACCACUGGUGGUGCUCGUCGAUGGACAAAUUAUAUUACAUUUUUGAUGGAAAUUUAUAUUAAUCUAAAAGAAUCUAUUGUAAAGGAUUUGGAAAUGAAUAGAUUUUAUCUUAGCGAUUCAAAUGAUGAUGAUGAUGAUGAUUAUGAUGACGAUGAUGAUGAUGAUGUCGAUGUUGAUCAAAGCAGUGACGAUGAAGAUGUUGAAAAUGUUGCCAAUAUCGAUAACGAUGAUGAUCUCGAUGAUUUUAGCAAUGGCCAAAAUCAAAACAAUGACCAACAAUCAUCAGCUACAAAUGAUUCAAGUCAAGCUGAUUCAAGUUCAUGUAAAAGUGGUUCAAGUGAACGUUUUUGUACUACUACUACAAGUAAUGUUAAAAAAACAUCAAGUACAAAUAGUAUUGAAAUGAAAAUAAUCAAUUCAUUAUUGGCCAAACAACAGAAACAAUUUGCAAAUUUAUUAUUUGAUUCAUUUCAGGUAAUAUUGAUUAAUCCAAAUUCAACACCAGCCGAAAUUGAAUGUAUGCAAAUUGUUUUUCGUCGAUGUGGAAAAUAUCUGGAUGAAGAUAAUCCAUCCAGAAUAAAAGCAUUGAUAUUUUUAAUCCGUGAUAUAUUAUUAAAUUGUUCGGCCAUCAAUCAAUUUGUGAAUGCACAUAAUAAUAAUAGCCUAAAUUCAUCGAUAAGUAAAAAUUUAUUGGAAAUUAUUGAACUUUAUUCAAGUGGAUGGCAAUUUGAUCAAUCACAGCAGAUUUAUUAUUUUCCAUAUACAAAAAUUGAUUAAAGUAAUGGAAAUGAUUUUCAAACAAAACAAAAAACAAUGAACAAAAUUGAUAAAAAAACAACAACAAUAAAAGAAACUGAAUUCAUUCUAUAAUCCAGUGCUCAUUAACUUGAAUCGAAUCGAAUCGAAUCCAAAAAUGACAAUCGAUAACAAUAACAAAAAAAAAAAAAAAGAAUUUAAAUUGAAAAUUUACAAAAACAAAGAAUUCUUGUAAAACUUUUAGAGAACAAUUUAUACAGUUUUUUUUCUUCUUCUACUUCUUCGAAAAAAAAACAUUGAAUAAAUCCAUUUGUUUAUCUUU